UCUGGGUGCACUGGGCUGUGGCAGGGCAAGGCUGUGCGGGAUCCAUCAAAGACUCCGGCUCUGAGGAGACAUGACCCGGCUGCUCCUGGUACUCUGGGCAUCUCUGGUGGCAGUGGAACUCUCCCGAGGCAUGAUAGCCAUGGCAGUGCCAGCACAAAACCUGAGCUGCUUCCAAUGCUUCAAGGUUCGCUGGCCCACCCAGUGCCAGCCUGUAGAGUGCCAGGCCAGCGAAAGAGUCUGCGUGAGCAAUGAGGUUCUCCUUUACACGAGUACAAAGAGCAGAGCUCAGAUCAGCAAGCGUUGUGCCGUCACCUGCCCCAACUCCAACAGUAUCUUUGAGUGGACACUGAACAAGAUGCAGGCCAGGAUCACCAGACGAUGCUGUUCAGGGGAUCGCUGCAACAGAGCACCUGAGAGCUGGGAGGGGUUCGGGGCCUUACUAGGGAGGCUCCUGGUGCCCAUGGGUCUGGGCCUCUUUUGCACCCUGUUAUGAGGACCAUUGUCCUGUGACACCCUCCCCCAACAUACACACCCUUCUAACACUUCCUGUCUACCAUUUCCACCUCAAAUCCCACCUUCAUCCAUUCCAGGAUUUGCAAGGCAAAGCUCUGGAGGUAGAAGGGAGGACACCACAUCCAUUGCCUAGCACUCAGCAGCCUGCUCCUCUCUGACAUCCUGGCCCAGGAAGUAGGAAUAAAACCUUGUGCCUCCUCAUGCAGACGGACAAGGACUAUCUCCAAUGCAGGCCACCGGCUUCUUCAAGAAAGCCCUUGCUUGACCCUUGGCACACUGUCAAGAGCUGCGAGUGGCAGACGGGCGUGAUGAAGCCAGAAGUGCAGCCACACUCUGACACUGCUCCACUUGUGUCCCCCGUUCAUGCACUGGGAUUGCGGCAUCUCACUCCUCAGAGACAGUAAAGUCUUGCUUCCCCACAGCCUGGCUCCUGUUCCUACAAUGCUCC